AUGUCCUUUGGCCCAGAUUACCACCUUUCUGGUGGCUAUUUCGAUACGGGCAAUAAUCCACCACAAACCCUAAGCGCUGGCAUCUUCCGGCCGCCAGCCUCGCCGGCCGACUCGAACCACAACCUCGCCAAAUCCACCGGCAGCCUCUUCUCCGACAUAUCCAUGUCUAACGGGACAAGCCCCUUACAAACACCAGAACAAGCAAAUGCGAAGCGGAAACGUUUAGGACUGGGUGUGCGGGGAGGAACCCUGAACGAUCACAACAUGCAGGUGGAUGGUAUGAACGACGGAAAGGCAGAGACAGGGAUGGCUGAUGCGGGUCAGACAAGAUACAACUUGGCCGGCCAGCUGAAUGCUACCCCAACAGGCGGCGCCGUCACGGCCAACGGUAGGCUGGAAGAGAGCAUGUACUCUGAUCUAGACUACAGGAGAGCCGCAGGCUCCAAGCGAGCCCACGACGACCCCGAUGGUCCGUCACCUCAGGGGGAGGGUCAGGUCGACCCUUCCACACAACAACACCACUCGGCGAACUCGUCGAAAUGGGGCUUCCUUGGCUUGCAAACCCUAGGCUCAGUAGUGGGCAAGGUGUGGGAGUUCUGUAAAGGCGGAGCUUUUCGUGGCUUCCAAGCCGGAGGCGGCACAGGAUACGAGGUUAACGGUUCAACAGUUACCCCAUCUGUCCAGGCCACUGCCGUUGGCCAGCCGUGGGCUAGCGAACAACGGGAACAGCCCAUUCAUUUUACCAUGGAGGCUGACCAAGACACGUCGAUGCCCCCUCAAGAGACGGUGAUGACGCCCAUAUCACAUCCAGUGCAGGAGUUUGUGGCACCGCAGCAGGACUUUUCAUCUCUACCACCGCUUCCAAUGUCCGAUUAUAUGCCUUAUGCGCCCGAGUAUCACGAGACAAGCAAUCCAGAUUCGUUGAUCCGACCGGCCGUCAAGCGGAGACAAGUAAGCGAGAACCAGGACGACCUCAACAGGAACUGGGUCAUGGUAGACGAGAACGGCAAUGGUGGAAGCCCAUCGCCUAUGCCUGCUGUGCCUAGUUUUAGCGCCGCUGCUAUGCCUAGCUUUGGCGGUGCGUCGUCAGGUCGGGCAACCCCCGGACUAAGACCGCCAUCUUUGCGGACAAGGACGCCAGGAUUGUCCUCGAGCAAUGCUACAAGACGUAUCACUGCUCCCUCUCAGAGGUUUACUGGCGGUCCGUCUAUGCUGCCCCGGACGCGGGCUCCGUCGAGACUAUCACAACAUACCGUCGCACCUGAUGUGGGAGCUCAAGAACUCCCUAGUUUUGGCGCUCCCACUCCCAGGUCACCCGUUAGUAAUAUACCGACUCCUUCAUUUUCUACACCUACAACGACGGCGGCUCCUGUAAGCCGAAUACCCCUUCCUGCCUCUGCCGGUGGAGGGCCAGGAAGUGGAGGGGCUCGUCCCAGUUUUGGCAGUCUCAAUGCGGCUGCUUCUAAUGGCCGUCAGAGCCCUGGCCUCCAAAGUCCCAGCUACGCAAACCCCACCCCUUUUGCAUUCUCCUCACCUGCCUAUCAGUCUUCCUCCGCUUCUCGCCCCGCAAGUCGUCAGAGUGUUCGCCCCGCAAGUCGUCAGAGUGUUCGCCCUGCAAGUCGCCAGAGUCUUGGUGGCGGCGGCGGCGGGAGCAGCAAUGGCACCAGGCGAAGUCUCCAAGCGCCCAUCCAGCUGUCCUCCCCCGCCAUCCCUAGACCAUCGACAAGUUCAUCCGCCAAGGUCUUGAAAUCUCCCACCAACCACAACCACCACCACCGCCGCGGUGAAAGCAGCGGCGCUGCUGCCGGUGGUUCCAGUCACGGUUCCUCAACAGGCAGGCCUCCAUCCUCUAUGCGUAGGAGCAGAGGAGUGAGCCUCCAUAGCGCUUUUGUCGAGGACGGACUGAAGGCCAGCCCGAGACUGGAUGGCGAGGCGAAGCAUCUUGCUAAGAAGAAGAUUGCUGCCGAGAGGGACGCGGAUGCGAAUAUUGAUGCUUUCAAUGAGAAACUCUUGCAGAUGAUUCGCCAGGGGAAGGAGGCGCUGGGGACGAAGGUGGAGGUGCUUGAUGAUCGGGGUAAUAGUAACGGCGUGUGGGAGGAAGAUGAGCUCUGA